UCCCCCCAUCUUAAGCAGCAGGGCAUAAAUAGUGGUUGUCUACGGUUAACGGAAGCAGAAAGAGACCGGGAAUCGAGUCACGAACGCUUAUUCACGGGAUACGUGAAGUUAUAACGGGGAGGUUUAGAUAUAAAACGUCCGUUAGAUAUUAAGGUGUUUACACAAAACAGUUCAGCUAACGUCAGAUUCUUCUCUACUUUCUCUCUCGAUCUUGAUAUUUUGAGAAAGAUAAACAAACUACAAUCUUUGAAAAGCUUCAGUGUAGAGCAGUUUUGAGCUAAUCUUUUAAAGAUAGUUAUUGCUCUUCUUGUGCUGUUUUAUUUCACGAGUGACAUAGUGUCCUGCUAAACGAGGAUUAGGAAUAAUAACAAAGUGACAACUUUUUUUUUCUUUGAUUCGAACACGCCUACCUUACUUUAAAGAAUCAACAUUGGUGAGUACGGAAACUUGUUGUAUCCAGGAGUGUAAUUCGUGUAACAUUUGAGUGUGUGUGAUUUUUAUUUUGUUUUUUAUUUGAGAACGACACGUUGAAUGUUCGACUUGGAAAAUGAAAGGCGUUAGAUAUGAAGGGCUUUGUCUGUCAGUUUUGAUGUGAUACUCCAUUUAUUACAUCGUAAGGCGUAAAUAUAUAUUAUUUAACUAUAUGCUGCAUUAAAAUAAAAGGUGUAAUCGAGAUUGAAAAUUAAAGUCAAGAGUUUUUCUAGGUGAGAAGGCCGUUUUCAUGCUACUACCGAUGGUAAGAAUAUCUGAAUAUACAAAUUUGGAAACAAGCCAAGAAUGGAAACUAAAGUAUGCGAAUGGAUUGGAUAAAGAAUUUGGAUUUAAAUCUUAAAGUUCUACGAUUGAUGAUAAAUUAGCAUGGAAUUGUUUGUUGUGAUUUUUAAACACUUCUAAGUCGUUAUUAAACACUCAGGUAAAAACUUUGAUUAUCCAUAAGCGUUCAUAGACGACACACAAAAUAUGUAUAGAUCAAACUCGUUAGUUCGUGGGAUUAAUUUCGAGUAGAAUCGUGUCAAAGUUUCAGAAAAAACUGGCCAUCUCGUAAAGACCUGAAACUGUUUGUAUCGGCGGUUGAAUCUUCCCAGAUACUACCUGUACAAAUCAUGAGGAACUGGACGUGGAUUUUCCUAGUUUCUUGUUUCUGCUUGAGUGGCUUGCACGUGCAACAAGUGUCCUCGAACGGUAUACGGCACGUCAAGAGACUCCUAAAACAGCCGCAUUACUCCAGACACACAGACGAUUCCAAAUGGUAUACGUAUCAAUCUCCAAGAAGGGUCGAAGUAGAUUCAUCGUCGUCAUUUCAACAGUUUUACAGAAGUUACAACAGUACACAAAGAAGAGCGAGUCGUCUAAAGCGGAACUCUACAGAUCUCCAACGUCCCAAUGUUGACUAUGGCAUCCGUCAGGACUUGGAGGACAUUCGACGAGCCAACGAGCACUUUCUCCGAAUCAGACAGACGGCAACUUGCCACACACCUGAACCACACGUUGUGAACAUCAAGGACUAUUAUCCGGACCCCAGCAAGAAACAUCUUCCAAGAUGUACCAUUUUACACCGAUGUACAGAAAAGACUGGAUGCUGUGAUGAUGGAGUGAAAUGUGGGCCUAAAGCUGUUCAAGAAGUUGCUCUGUACUUUUAUACUCUUCAAGUUCGUAAGGAAGGCACGUAUGUUGGGCUUAGUAACGCUGUGGAAAAAUUACUUUUCAUCAACCACACAGAAUGUGAAUGCCAACCCAUCAACAGGGAGCCACGUGUAGGAGAAUACCCGGAAUUGCAUCCAGCUCCGGAAUCUUAUCGGUUUCAGAAGAAGAUUUCUGAACCGCGAUCUCAUUCUGUUCUCGACAAUCCUUUACGUCAUCCUCCUAGUCAGGAAGAGUCGAAGUGUCGAGAAUGCCCCUUGCCAUUUUACAGACGAGAAUACCCGGAUGGACGAUGUAGUUGCGACUGUUUUGAUCAUCAUAAACCGUGUCUGCGGAUAAAAAGGGGUCGAGACCCAUUAUCAGAUAUUGAAAAAAGGUGUGUUCGAGCUCAAAAGUGCCACAUUCCUGAUUGCGAGUUUGGACAGUACAAUUAUUUAACAGGAAAAUGCCCUAAGCGACCUCGAAGUCACAGGAAACAAAAUAAUCGCAAAUAUUAUAACAAACAGCAACAUUAUCAAAGAUGGGCCUUCUUCGAACGUGAUUAACAAAUAAAAUAACAUUAUGGUAUAGGAUUUUGUUGUGUGAACUAGUCUGUAAAAUGUACAAUUUGCAAAUUGUGAAGUUCACGUGAAAACCGAUAGACGCUAAGAAGAUCAAAUUUUGGGGACGUUUCCUUUCUCAAAAGAGAGCUCAAAGUAAAACUGAAGUGCCAGGAGGAAGACGUUAAAAAAUACAAGCUGGUUCUUUUAUUACGAAAAAAUACAUAAAUUGAAGUAUUACGAAAAAAUGUCAACAUUUCGUUAACACAACGUUUAUACGUGUUCACGUAACAUAAAAUUGUAUAUUUCCGGUUUAAAGUACGAACCUAACAAAAUCUCCGUUUCUUAUGUAUUUGCAGGUUUCGCCUAUACAAAAUAGAUAUUGGUAUUUCGUUAUAUGUCUUUUAGUUUAGUCUCAUAAUUAUUGUGACAAUGCUUUUAUGCUGCAAUUUGUUUCGAAAAUUAAAUAUGUGUUUGUUUAUGA